GUGGUUUUGAUUUGCAUUUCUCUAAUGACUAAUGCCCAAAAUGGAGUUAAUCCUGACUGGGAGAAGAAAGUAAUUGAAUAUUUUAAGGAAAAGCUGAAGGAAAAUAAUGCUCCGAAAUGGGUACCAUCACUGAAUGAAGUUCCCCUUCAUUAUUUGAAACCUAACAGUUUUGUGAAGUUUCGCUGCAUGAUUCAGGAUAUGUUUGACCCUGAGUUUUACAUGGGAGUUUAUGAAACGGUUAACCGAAACACAAAAGCACGUGUCCUUCAUUUUGGAAAAUACAGAGAUGUAGCAGAGUGUGGGCCUCAACAAGAAGUUGAUUUAAACUCUCCACGAACUACCACAUUGGAAAGACAGACUUUCUAUUGUGUUCCAGUGCCUGGGGAAUCUACGUGGGUAAAAGAAGCCUACGUGAAUGCAAACCAAGCUCGAGUCAGUCCUUCGACGUCGUACACCCCCAGUCGUCACAAGAGGAGUUACGAAGAUGAUGAAGACAUGGACCUACAGCCCAGCAAACAGAAAGACCAGCCUUCGGGUGCCAGACAAGCAGGGAGUGUCGGCGGUCUUCAGUGGUGUGGAGAGCCGAAGCGGCUAGAAACCGAAGCUUCUACUGGGCCACAACUGAGCUUCUCGAACUUCUCUUCUCCGUUUGACCUGAAUUUUCCGCUGCCAGGGGAGAAGGGCCCUGCAUGCCUUGUGAAGGUCUAUGAAGACUGGGAUUGUUUCAAAGUCAACGAUGUUCUUGAGUUAUAUGGCAUUCUGUCUGUGGAUCCCGUGCUCAGUGUACUGAACAGUGACGAGAGGGACGCCUCCUCGCUCCUGGACCCAAUGGAGUGCACAGACGCGGCCGAAGAGCAGCGAGUGCACAGCCCUCCGGCCUCGCUGGUGCCCAGAAUCCACGUGGUUCUAGCCCAGAAGUUGCAGCACAUCAAUCCUUUACUGCCUGCUUGCCUUAACAAGGAGGAGAGCAAAACCUUCGUUUCAGGCUUCAUGUCCGAGCUGUCUCCCGUCCGGGCCGAGCUGCUGGGUUUCCUCACGCACGCCCUCCUGGGAGACAGCCUGGCCGCCGAGUACCUUAUCUUACAUCUCAUCUCCACGGUGUAUACAAGAAGAGAUGUUCUUCCACUGGGAAAAUUCACAGUUAACUUGAGUGGCUGCCCGCGGAAUGGUAGCUUCACAGAACACUUGUACCGAAUUAUUCAGCAUCUUGUUCCAGCAUCUUUCCGCCUGCAGAUGACCAUCGAGAACAUGAACCGCCUGCGCUUCACCCCCCACAAGGACUACGCGGCCAACCGCCUGGUCAGCGGGCUCCUCCAGCUCCCCAGCAACACCUCCCUCGUGAUUGAUGAGACUCUUCUGGAACAGGGGCAGCUGGACACUCCAGGUGUUCAUAAUGUGACUGCCCUGAGCAACCUAAUAACUUGGCAGAAAGUGGAUUAUGACUUCAGUUACCACCACAUGGAGUUCCCCUGCAACAUUAACGUCUUCAUCACUUCAGAGGGGAGGUCACUCCUCCCGGCAGACUGCCAGGUCCACCUGCAGCCGCAGCUCGCGCCGCCCAACAUGGAGGAGUACACCGAGAGCCUGCUGGCCGCCGUGCUCCCGCCCCUGCUCGACAAGUUCCGCGUCUACCUCACCCUCCUGCGCUUCCUGGACUACAGCAUCUCUGACGAGAUAACCAAGGCAGUUGAAGACGACUUUGUGGAAAUGCGCAAGAACGACCCUCAGAGCAUCACGGCGGACGACCUCCACCAGUUGCUCAUCGUCGCUCGGUUUCUGUCUCUCAGUGCCGGUCAGACAACACUGUCAAGGGAGCGCUGGCUCAGAGCCAAGCAGCUCGAGUCUUUAAGAAGAACCAGGCUUCAGCAGCAGAAAUGUGUGAAUGGAAACGAACUUUGAAGAUCGGACACUUAGAGCAGUGGGCAGACUGUAGCCACCUUACUGUAAAAUUCAAAUGCCAUUUAUACCACAUUGUUUUGUAGAUAAUUUGUAUCAAAAACCAAUGACUUUUCCUGAAAUCAAGCCUGGUGACAUCUGAAGUUUAUAUAAUAUUCAGUGAGGGCUUUUACCUCACUGAUUUUAUGGAGCUUUUGAUUGUUUUAUAAUUAUAUAAAUUAGUAACGAUGUACAAAAAUGUAUUUGAUAUUAAAAGUUUAAUAUUGAUAAUGUUCCUGAUAUACCGUUUCCUUAGUUCCAGCUAAGUCAUAGGCCAGACUCUGUUGAAAUGCUAACGUCAACUUCGUUUGGAGAGAAUUGUUGGAAUUCCAAAGUCAGGACUUGUUCGCUUCAGAUUUUUACGGCUGAGUAGUGGUGGGUCUGAGCGGCGCUUGUGGUCCAGGUGUGGUGAAUGGGUGUCCUUGCCAUUAAUUCACACGACCUGUGAGACUGUCCUUUCCCAGACAUUUGGCCACGUAUUUUUUUUUCCAUUUAACAGUUGUUAAUAACCUACAACAUUAGUCUUUACACAUGGCAGUGGUUCCCAGACUUUUGGAUUUCAUGGACCAGUAAUAUGUCCAGAAUUGGGAGACUGACAGGGUUGCCAGUGUGUUUGGCCAACUAAGCUGAAAGAAACCACUGAAUUACCUUUUUUUCCCCUAAAAGGACAGUCUCAGAAGGAGAGAGUCCUUGAAAUGGAAUAAACAGAGCUUUUUGGGGGAAAAAAAAAACACUACGUUGUCCUUAUUUUUCUCAUUUCACCCCAGCGCAGUUGGGAACCACUGUUUCAUGGGGUUUCUUUAGGGGAAUGCUGCCCUGUGAUCAGAUGUUGCCCAGAUAUGAAGGGAGCAAACAGCUUUUUUUAAAAAAAAAAUGCCUUCUGUAAAAAAAUAAAGUUUUAAAUUGUUUUCCUAACGGUCAUUUAGUUGCUUUGAUGACUGCAUUGGCUUUUGAACUUUUAUGUCAGUUUCUCUGUUAGUUCCAGACGGGUUAGCUCAACCGACAUGAUCUGCUAGUCCAGGAAUACCCGCCGUAGGUAAGUUUGUCCCAGACCAAUUACAGUUUUCACCGGAGAGAUUUUAAAGUAACACUAUCCGUUACCCAUAGUUAGAAAGCAGUUCAGUAAAGUAUGAAAUCGUGGUAUCAAAAAUGUUUGGCAAGUUUAGACCAUUACUUUCGUUACGCUGUCAGUGGGAAUGCAUACAGACGGUUUUCUGAGCCAGUCACUUACGUGGUAGGAAACGAGAGAUCCAUGAAGUCUGCCCCCCCCGCCCCCCCAGACUGACACAGCGCAACAGGGUCUGCCCUGAAAACCAAGGAAUUCAUUAUGCCUACCAAACUGAAGUGAAAUUACUAGUUGUUACUUUUCCUAAAUGCACAUCUAUUUUUAUAAACUAAUGUAAAUAAUCUGUUUAUAUUUAGAGUUCUAACUGGUUUUCAUUUUUAUAACUGGUAGUCUAGACUCCCUUAAACUUUUAGAAAUAAGAUGAAGACAACUGGAUUUAUGAGAAUGAAAAUCAAGAGCAUAGAUUAGUUACCGUGUGAUUAUUGUGCCAACGUGAACUGUAAUUUACCAAAGAGAAGUACGUGAUUUGCUUGAUCUUGCAGCAAAGUUCCCCUGAAAGGAAAACCCUCUUUUGAAUAAAUAAAACUUCCCAAAGGACUA